AUGGAUAGCGAGAGUAAUUGCAAACUGGAAAAUAAACGAGCCGUAGUACAGACGCAUUGCCCCGGCGCUGAUGGCGAUGUUUGGGUUCGCGGCGUUGAUAAGGCCGGGCAGCCCGGGAGCGGAGCCACACACAAAGCUCACCAGACUUCGCCAGUUCACGCCGCCGGUGUACCAAUAAAUGCUUUUUUCGCUGAAAACCGGCGUGAUGAAAACGGAGAAAGACGACAUGACGGUCAGAAACGUGGAGGACGAGUUGAAGAAGAGCCACGGCUGCGUGGGCCAGGACAGCAGAAGACACAGAAUCGCGCCCCUUCUGAUGUUGAUGUAGCGUGGAAAAACCGACGCAAGGUCCAUGCCGCCACUGAUGGCGUUGCCGACACAGUUGACGCCGAGCUGGGACACCGUCAGGCCGACACCGCAGAAAAACGCUGCCGCGCGCGCUUUCGCCGUGUAAUUCUGCUGCAACCAGAACAUACAGAUAUCGUUGGGCAUCCAGAACUCCUGGCCGUAUUUUUCAGCCAGCGCGCUCGCCGUGACAAUCCCAAAAAGCGGGACAAUGAACCCGGCAACGUUGCAGCCGACCAGAAUCCCCAAGUGUGA